AUAUAUACGUCUACAGGGAAGAAUUUCUUCCUCCAUUGUUACAUUGUAACAAACGGGGCCGGGGCCGAACCGGGGAGAAAGGAGGCGGCUUCUCCCGACAAAUCCUGCAACACAUUUGACACCGAACCAAACCAGGCUGGUCCGGGUUUUUAAUUAAAGCGAGAAGACGGAGAAGUUAAAGCCCAGCCGAGAGAAGCCGCCCCGGUGAGGAGAAGGAUAAACGAACACAGAUGUCAGCGGAUUUCUCCAUUACUCCUAUUUCACAUCAGGAGAAUAAGACAUUUAAAUUACUCUUUCUGCACUAACAAAACCUAAAAAAAAUGUUAGGAAAUAAAUCGCAGCUCCACCACCUGACGCCCCGUCCGUCCUUUUAAACAGAUCAGGCAUGCAGCAUUUAAAUCAAACCCGCCGGUCGAACAGACAUCUCUCGUUUUCUUCGUGAUCCCUUCAGUGUGCAAGAACAAUGAGCAUGAAGCCUAAGUAGCCCAAUACAAGCCAAGACAGAAAGUGUUGCAGAUUGACAAUCCGGCCAAGAUCACUUUGGAUCACCGUCGCUCCUCGGUUUGCAGUCUGGAUUCAUCGGGGGUUUGUGGCUCAGAAAAAAAGAAAGAAAAGCAGCUCACAGGGCGUUUAAAGAUUGAUGUGCAGCUCGGAUUGGGAAGAGAAACGACGUGCGAGUUGGUUGGAAUAAGGGUCCCUGUUUCUGCCGCAGACACCAAGUUUCCAUGGAGGCAGGUUCGUCCCUCAGCCUCAAACGACGAUAUGAAGAGGUGGACAACAGCUCUCCAUUCUCUACGCCCAAGGACUCUGACGAUGACAUCUCCAGCAGUGACAGCGCUGACAGCUGUGACAGCCUUAACCCACCCUCCAGCACCGCAUUUACCCGUAAGGAACAGCAGGAGACACACGUUAAAGCCACCUCCAUCCUCAGACAGCACAAGCCGUCUCCGGGGGGUAAGCGGGUACGUUUCGAUGUGGUGACGGUGUAUUACUUCCCCCGGCGGCAGGGCUUCACCAGCGUGCCCAGCCAAGGGGGCAGCUCGCUGGGCAUGGCCCGCCACCACUCCUCCAUCAGACACUACACGCUGGGAGAGUUUGCACGUGAACAGGAAACCAGCCACCGUCACACUUUGCGGCAACACCUGCGCCAGGAGAAGCUCAAUGCUCGCAAGAUGAAGCUGACGAGGAACGGCACGGUGGAGUGCGCUCAGGCAGACCUGCUGACUCUGGAGGACGUGUCAGACGAGGACCUGGACGUGGACGGCGUGGAGGUGGACGACUGCUUCUUCCUUCAGCCGCUGCCCACAAAGCGCCGUCGGGCCCUGCUGCGAGCCUCUGGUAUCGCCCGCAUAGACGCGCGAGAGAAAACCGAGCUCAGAGCCAUCCGCCUCUCUCGGGAGGAAUGCGGCUGCGAUUGCCGUUUGUACUGUGACCCUAGGCACUGCGGCUGCAGCCAGGCUGGUAUUAAGUGCCAGGUGGAUCGAAUGUCUUUCCCGUGUGGCUGCUCUAGAGACGGCUGCGGCAACGUAGCAGGUCGUAUCGAGUUCAACCCUCUCCGAGUCAGAACUCACUACCUGCACACCAUCAUGAAGCUGGACUUGGAGAAAAGGAGGAUGCUGAUACAAGGAGCUGGGGACCAGUAUGCUGAAUCUGACCCAACUUCUUCCCCCUCCUCCACUUGCCCCACUUCCCCGGACCUAUCUUCCGUGGUUGGCCUGGACUCUGAGCUGGAGGAAAGCGAGGUGCACUCAGUUGUGGAGGUUCAAGAUCUCCUGGCAGAGCAGGAUAUUCUGGAGCAAGAGAACGAGACAGCUGUGCUGCACCUGCAGAGCGCAGAGGAGCAGGAGAGGAGGGAGAGGGAGGAGGCUGAAGGGGAAACGGUGCAGCCAGAGCUGAGCGCUGCUGGUCUCACAGAGCAGCCUCUCUGCCUCCUACCCAGUGCCUUGGGAGGGGAGAUAUCUGAGGCGGCGGAGGUGCCCGGUGUGGAGCAGGUCCUCCUCCAGGGACCUUUCCCCACAGGUGCUACCGUGUUGUGCAUCACUGACAACCAGGAGGAGAGCCCCUCUGACCUCCUCAAAGACUCCACUUCCCUGCUCUACUAUCAGCUCAGUCCCAUAGAGCCUGCAGCCUUUCAAACGCUGCCCAGAGCAGAGGAGGAGGAGCAGGCGAGAGAACUUGAUGUAGGAGGAGAUGAGUUUGUGGAGAGGAAACAAGAUGGAGGAGAGGAGAGGAAGGAGGAUAAACAUGAAGACAACACCUUCAGGCAGAGUUUGAGCAAGUCUUUGACCAAUGUGAUCCUGUGCUCAGAGGAAUGUGUGGCAGUAGUGAAGGAGACGCCCCCCAGUCCUCAACCCAUCCUCCCCGAAGAGCAGCGCCAAGAAGAGUCCUGCUUGGAGAAAGACGUCGUUCCACUGCCUCCUGAAGUUUAGUACUAGCUUCUCUGCAGAUAUUUUGCACAAUAGCUUCAUCUAAGAUGAGUAAAUUACACAUUUCACAUUUAUUACUGCUAUAAAGAAGAAUGACUACAGGUUGCAAUCUCUUAUAGUGACUGUCAUUGAAUUAUGCGGAGAAUGAGAUUGAGUGUUACAACACAAGAGGGAGUAGAGAUGCUGAAAGCACAUACAGAUCACUCCCCAGAAGUGUAAUAUGGAUGCAGUUAAAAGGCAAAGUUGUACGUUAUUCAUGUCGGGGGUGACGACUGCGGCCUUAAUGGAAAAACAUGAAAGCACUUGCAUGUAGGAGUCAACGAGAAGUUCAGCGAGUAGUGCUUUGUAAUUUCCAACGCAGUAAACAGAAAACACAGUGUGUGAAUGCUGACAUAAGCCUUUUUGUUUGGUGAUGUAUAAAACUAUCAACACUAAACACAAAUUGUUUCGCAGUGCGCAAGCAGCCGGUGUAUUUACCGGCUCGCUUUCCGUUACAGCAGACUCACGCUGUAUUCAAGCCAAAUGAAGGCCUCCGAUCGUAUCCUCCGCUGAACAUAGACCUAAUAAUCCUGGAAAUACUUGUUUUUUGUGUACUGUAUAUGCAUUUGCAAUGUGCAAGACAGAGCUGAGGUUGCUGCUUUUUUGACCUGUACGCACAUUGUGAAGUGAGGCAGCGGGUGUUGUGACCCUGCAGUGCUGAGACCUGAGGGUAAACCAACACUGAGCAGCAGAUUAGCACUGGCCUUAGCUGUUGCUCUUGCUCACCUUUGACUGCUCGUACAAAUGCAGUCGAUUUGUCAAAAAGAAGAAAAAAAAAAGUUUACCUGUAGUUGCAAUGCCUAUGAUGAUAUUAUUUCUUUGAGUAAUGUGUCUUUUGUGGAUUAGAUACUGUUGCUUUUGAAGUCGAGGUCCUUGCAGUCGUUUUAUUUUGGGGGGAAUGAAAGGAAAUGUUUUUUCUUUCACACUGCUACACUGUAAUGCCAUGUAGUCAGUCAUGUUAUGAUGAAAUGCCAGAAUAGAUCUUCCUAGUCCUUUUUAAAUGCGUCGUUCUGUGAGGGAGAGAUGAUUCUGAAGUAAAAGUAAAAUUUCAUAUACAGAAAAUAGCAUUAAAAAAGUCCAAGAAAACUGCAGCCUGUUCUGUUGAAAGUAGUUAUAAAAAACAAUGUAAUGUUAGUAAUUUAUGGAUCAGAUCGACAACAACCGGAAUUUGUAUGCUUUAUGUUCAGUCUGUGUGUGUGGGGUGUGUAUGUGUGUGCACCUACUUGACAGUUGUAGGUCUACAUGAGAGAGAAAGGUGUGUGUGCAUGCACACGUGUAUGUGCGCUCUUAGAGAUUUUGGAGGGAGGGAUGUUAGUGAGGAUACAUAUUUUAUUCCUAAAAGGUGCUGAUGUUACAGAUUUACAAUUUACAGGUUUUGCUCCCCACCAUCAUGAGAAAUGAGUUCAUGGAGAUGUUUCUCGAUGGCUGAUGUUAGAAGUGUUGGAGAGCCUCUCGUAGGAACGCAAUAGCUACUGCACUGCAAAUCAUUAAUGUGGUGAUUAUGGAAUGAAGUGUUUUGUGAUUGAGUAUGUAAAUGCAAUCGUAUAACAUUUCUAGUCUUUAAAUGUCUUUUUAAGCUAUGUCUGAUUAAUACUGAUCUGCGUAAGUGUGCCGACUCUUCUUACACAAAAUCAGUCCUUUGUUUUGCUGCCUGACAUGACAGCUGUUGCUUUUUGUAACGGCUCGCCUAACACAGGAUGUGCUGCUGUGUAGGAGCUGUCUGAUGUAUUUCUUUGCCUUUUUUUAUUGUCUUAAUAUAAACCUGCUUAAGAGUUGCACCAAAGCAGUGGUUUCAAACCUAAUUAAAUGAUGCUAUCAUCCAUCAGAUUUUAACUAAGCCGUCUCUUAUGGUUAUUGUGAGGCUGCAGACUUAUUGUGGCUCUUUGUGUUUGCGUGACUUGCCUUGACAUAGUACCAUCUUUGAAGUGACGAUGAUUACAAGCUGCCUAUUGUCGAGCUUUUGUCCGUGGCUUUCUACAAAUAGACUUUUAGGUUUGGGACCACUGCGCCAGAUUAACUCCAGUACACUAUGUGAUUGUGUGUUUCUUUGUAUGAAAGGAGUGUGUGAUUGUUGAGAAGACUGAUAAGUUUAGACUUCAUCUAAAAGCUGUGAGAACUACUCUCAUGCUAACUGUUGCCUAAAGUGGACAAAAAGGUUUUUUUAUACAAAAAUGAAAACAAUAAAAUACUCAUUGAAAAAAAUG